GAAAUCAGGAAAUCUUCUUCAGAUUUCUUGAACCCUAAAUCACAAAAUGGCAACAAAAAAUCCAUCAAAAACCCUAGUAAAUCUCUGCAGAUUUCACAGAUCUCUGAGUACAUCAUCGUCCUCAUCAUCAUCAACUCAAUCUCAAAAGCUUAUUGCGAAAACUCAGGCAUUCUCAUCGCCAUCUGAUUCAUCAUCAUCGAAAGGUUUGAUUAGAUUGCCUGAAAGAAGGAAGGUUUAUACAGUAAACAGAUCACCACAUAUUGAUAAGAAAUCAAGAGAGCAAUUUGAGAUGAGAAUUAAGAGUCAAUAUCAGGUUAUUAAAGUAUCACCAGGUGAAUUACAGAACAAGUAUUUUUGGUUGAAGAGACAGCGGUUGUCUGGUGCUCAGUUUGAACUUCAGUUUAAUACUAAGACUCGCCUGGAUCUUAAAAGGUUGUCAAAGGUGGUGGCUCAGGAGUCACCUCAAGAGUAGAGUGUGCAGGGAACUGGUCUUGCUAGGCUGUAGUAGAAUGAGCUAAACAGAACCGUAUUCAGGAAGUGUUCCUGCUAGAGACAACUGGAACAUGUGCUGCUAAUACUGUGGGCAGGCGAAGUCAAGUGAUUCUGGACAAAGUUUGUUAUCUUGUAGCAAUUAAUAGUGACUUAUCGAGGUUAAGUAUAUUGGUAGAGCAUGUAAAUGGCAGACUUCAUAGCCAAAGAAUCUAGGCAGUAGUAUGAUAGUUGGUUGAUUAUAAACCAAGCCUUUCUCUGUGGUUGUGAAUUCGGAUCUGUCUGAUGAGAUUGGCCUGUGGAUGUCAUGAUGGGAGUGAAUCCUACUGAUAAAUUUUGACAAUUUUCUAUUCACCGGAAGAAAUCAUGUAGUGACUGCAGUUUGUACUUUACUUGCUUUUUCUUAAAAUAAAUCAAUUUUGGCCUCUGGUUGCAGACCAGUUAAGAUGGUUA